AUGCGUGGCUUGUUCACCACUCAGAGUCAGAACUGCUACCGGGAGCAGAUUCAGAAGGAGAUGUUGACUCGUUUGUCCUGGACGAGCCGCUACUCCACCAGCUUCCCUUCCUGCUGCAGAGUCGCAGACCAGCCCAGCAGGGGGUCCCCACAGCGGCCUGGAGAGUCUGCCCGGCCCCGGGCUGCCCUGCCUCCUGUUACCAGCGCACCCAAGAAGAGGCAGAGUGACCUUCCUCCUCCUCCUCCUCCUCCUCUUCUUCCUGUGGACGGUCGGCUCAGUGUGGCUCCAGCCAUGAGGCCGGUUUCUCCAAGGACCUCAAAGGCUCUUUAUCAGGACUCCUCUCAUAACGGCAAAGGUCGGCGCCUGUACCUGCAGAGACGAGGCCUGCUCCGACCUGAGGAGAAGUUUGAGUUCCCUCUGCUCUCGUCCUGGGAGUACGGAUGGAGGCUGGGUGACUUCACGCUGGACUACAGGACCCCCUGCAGAGCCAGGUCCUCGGUGGUGAGGAACACCUUCUUCACCAGGAACGGUGUGUUCAGCAGCUCGUCAGCCACCGACACGCUGGGCUGAGCCUCCGCCACUAGAGGUCGCUGCUGAGUCAC